GGCUGGACCAGCGCAGGUUGUGGGAGGGUUCUGGGAGGGUUCUGGAAGACUGGAGAAAUGACAAUGGAUCGCUGUGCUCAGUAGAUGGCUUUCUUGCUAGAUUUUCUUUUAAGUCUGGGUUGUGGCAUCGCUGAUUACUUCUCUCUGUUGAAUGAAGUCAAUCAUAACAGCAGACGCGCGCAGUGCACUUGAAGAGAUCGGAUUGUGACGGCAAGCAGGGCACGAGGAAAGAAUGUAAAUGCUGUAUCCGGUUACAGAUCUGGGAUAUAAACAGUUUUCCUUCUUUCAAAUACAGGGCCCAUGCGCCUCGGUACAGGGAAACUGUCGCUUGUCGCGUUUAGCGUGUUUAGCAGGCGAGCUAACUGAACGCCAAAUCCGUGGACUUGUGCUAAUAGUGCAAUGAACAGGAUUUAGAAACGGAGUAACACUGGGAGAUCGUUUCAAAGACCCCGAGACGCAUGUGAGCUCUACGUGUGUUAUCCGGACUGAUAUUACGGUGUUAAACCAGGGCAAUAACGGGGAAAUACGGACAGUCACGGACAACCGUUUCCUUAUUUCAGGGGGGGACUCACCUGGCAUUGGACAGUUUGCUAUGAUAGUUUUUGGUGACAUUUGCAAAACUGCAACUUAAAGAGUGACAAAGGAUCCCUUGUGUUUCCUGAACUGUCAAGACCUCGAAUGUAGGUUGGAUUGACUUCAUUCUGGAUCCAUCUGGUAAAAGCACAACGCGUUGCUAAAUGUUUUUCUACAUUUCUACUCGCCAUCAAAUCUCCAGCUAUGUUCGCCUGCUAGAUACCAGAUUGCUACUUUAAUUCGCGGUACAGUCACGCUCAGUUGAAGUUGAAACGGCUUUCCGCACUCAAUGUUGAGGAAAGCAGAAUAGUAGCGGUCUAAGUUGUUUACACACUUGGUCUAUUGUAUGAUUUACCCGAUGUUGAAGCUGCCGAUAACAGGAAGCAGGUGUUGUAAACAGCACCUCUGCUUUCGGUGACUCGGAAACCAUAUAGUUGAAAAAAAUACUCCUUCUUCAAUAUAUCUUUUUUUCUGUUGCCAAAAUUACCUGAUGCGCAGCGGUUAGGUGGGGAGCUUGUCCACAGUAACUUCCAGACACUACUAGGUCUUGGGGGAUGGAUGGAGUCAAAGUUAACGCCUCCACCUGAUGCACAACACUGUAAAAGAGCCAAGCCCGUGUGACACCUUUGCGCCUGGACCCGGGAGCUCCGCGGGAGCUGUUCAACCUGCUCAGGUUCUGACGCCGUCCAACCGACGAUUCGUUUGAUGACCGAAACGACAAACCUUGGCUACAUCUCCCAGUCCUCGGAGAGCCAGUAGCGGAGGAGAUUCGCCCUGCUUGCUCCGAACUGACUGGGCCAUGCGUUUCCACGGCGACCAGCUUCUGCUCACAUAGAGACCGCCGCCCCGCCGCUGAGGAUGCUGGGAAUGUGUCGUGGGCGCAGGAAGCUCCUGGCUGCGUCCCUCGCCCUGCUCUUCAUCCCAGCCCUCACCUGGCUCUACCUGUCCGCCGCCAACUUCCAGGUGAAAGCUGUGCCUCUCUCGGCCCUGGUGGCCCAGGCCCCCUCAGUGGGGGGUCUGUGGGACAGGCUGGCGCUGGAGUCCCGGGUUCGGGAGGUGGAGGAGGAGAACCGUGCCCUCCGCAGGGAGCUCAGCCGCCCCGCCCGCCCCGCCCGCCACCACGGCAACCACGGCAACCACGGCAACCACACCCGCUCCUACUCCACUGAGGAGGGCACGGGCGACAGCGACGCCCAGCGGCCCGUCGCCGCCGGCAACGGCUCCGACUGCGCCCAGAGACCCCCGGUGGACAAGUGUGAGACGAUCCAUGUGGCCAUCGUGUGUGCGGGGUACAAUGCCAGUCGAGAUGUGGUGACACUGGUCAAGUCCGUGCUCUUUCACCGGCGGAAUCCGCUGCACUUCCACUUCAUUACCGACUCCAUCGCUGAGCACAUCCUGGCCUCGCUCUUCCACACCUGGAUGGUCCCGGCGGUCCAAGUCCACUUCUACGACGCCCACGAGCUGAAGUCGGAGGUGUCCUGGAUCCCCAACAAGCACUACUCUGGGAUCUACGGGCUGAUGAAGCUGGUGCUGACCAAGACCCUCCCCCCGGACCUGCAGCGCGUCAUCGUCCUGGACACCGACAUCACCUUCGCCACCGACAUCGCCGAGCUGUGGGCCGUCUUCCACAAGUUCAAAGGUCAGCAGGUAUUGGGGUUGGUGGAGAAUCAGAGUGACUGGUACCUGGGCAACCUGUGGAAGAACCAUCGGCCCUGGCCUGCCCUGGGGAGGGGCUUCAACACAGGAGUGAUCCUGCUGCUGUUGGACAGGCUGAGGAAGCUGAGGUGGGAGCAGAUGUGGAGACUGACUGCAGAGAGAGAGCUGAUGAGCAUGCUCUCCACCUCACUGGCUGACCAGGACAUCUUUAACGCGGUGAUCAAGCAGAACCCCUUCCUGGUGUACCAGCUGCCCUGCUUCUGGAACGUGCAGCUGUCCGACCACACCCGCUCAGAGAAGUGCUACAAGGACGUGUCCGACCUGAAGGUGAUCCACUGGAACUCUCCGAAGAAGCUCCGGGUGAAGAACAAGCACGUGGAGUUUUUCCGGAACCUGUACCUGACCUUCCUGGAGUACGACGGGAACCUCCUCCGCCGGGAGCUCUUCGGCUGCCCCAGCGAGACCGACCACAACAGUGAGAACCUCCAGAAGACGCUGUCGGAGCUGGACGAGGACGACCCCUGCUACGAGUUCCGGCGGGAGCGUCUGACCGUGCACCGCACGCACCUCUACUUCCUGCACUACGAGUACGAGCCGGCGCCCGACCUCUCCGACGUCACGCUGGUGGCCCAGCUCUCCAUGGACCGGCUGCAGAUGCUGGAGGCGAUCUGUAAGCACUGGGAGGGCCCGGUCAGCCUGGCGCUGUACCUCUCGGACGCCGAGGCGCAGCAGUUCCUCCGCUACGCGCAGGGCUCCGAGGUGCUGAUGUCCCGGGGCAACGUGGGAUACCACAUCGUCUACAAGGAGGGCCAGUUCUACCCCGUCAACCUGCUGCGCAACGUGGCCCUGAAGCAGGUCAACACGCCCUACGUCUUCCUCUCCGACAUCGACUUCCUGCCCAUGUACGGCCUCUACGAGUACCUCAGGAGGUCGGUGGUGCAGAUGGACAUGGCGAACAGUAAGAAGGCGCUGGUGGUGCCGGCCUUCGAGACGCUGCGGUACCGCCUGUCCUUCCCCAAAUCUAAAGCCGAGCUGCUGUCCCAGCUGGACAUGGGCACCCUCUUCACCUUCAGGUACCACGUGUGGACGAAGGGCCACGCCCCCACCAACUUCGCCAAAUGGCGGACGGCCACCACGCCGUACCGCGUGCAGUGGGAGGCGGACUUCGAGCCGUACGUGAUGGUGCGCAGGGACAGCCCCGAGUACGACCGCCGGUUCGUGGGCUUCGGCUGGAACAAGGUGGCCCACGUCAUGGAGCUGGACGCCCAGGAGUACGAGUUUGUGGUGCUGCCCAACGCCUACAUGAUCCACAUGCCCCACGCGCCCAGCUUCGACAUCACCAAGUUCCGCUCCAACAAGCAGUACCGCGUCUGCCUGAAGACCCUGAAGGAGGAGUUCCAGCAGAACAUGUCCCGUCGCUAUGGUUUCGCCGCCCUCAAGUACAUGACUGCCGAAAACAACAGCUAGGCCCUGCCCCUCCACUCCCCACCCUGCAGCCCGUCACAGAGACCGCCCGUUACCCCCUCCCACCCCGAGGAGGAGGAGGAGGAGGAGGAGGAGGAGGGGACAGGAGAAUGUGGCUCAACCGCCAUCUCAGGUGUUGGGGUUGAGCGGGGCCAACAACCCCCACGGUCCCCAUAACACCAGUGUGUGAGUGUGUGUGUGUGUGUGUGUGUGUGUGUGUAUAAGUGUGUUUGUAUAAGUGUGUUUGUGUAUGACUGUGUGUGUGUGUGUGAGUGUGUGUGUAUGUGUGUGUGUAUGAGCGUGUGUGUGUGUUUGUGUAUAAGAGUAUGAGUGUGUGUGUAUAUAAGAGUAUGAGUGUGUGUGUAUAUAAGAGUAUGAGUGUGUGUUUGUGUAUAAGAGUGUAUGUGUGUGUUUGUGUAUAAGAGUAUGAGUGUGUGUGCAGAAAAACUGUUUUUUUGGGGGUUAUUCAGCUUGGAGCUUGUAAGGAGUUUCCAUAUCUCCAGUUCAAUAGGUUUUGCAAAAAAAAAUAAACAAGAACAAAUGCAUAAA